AUGUUCUUUGUUCGUAAAUUUUGUUCAGCUUCUACUAGUCUACUCAAGAAAGAAGUUUAUCAGGGUAACAGUGUAGUCAGAUUUAUACUCAAUGAUGAGAAACGAAGAAAUGCUCUUUCAUUACAAAUGAUAGAAGAACUACAUGCAGAGCUUCAAGGCAUUAAUAAGAUUAAGAAGUUGCGCUCUAUCAUUAUAGCUUCAGAAGGAAAAGUUUUCUCGUCAGGUCAUGACUUGAAUGAGUUAAAGACCGAUAAAGGUGUGGAUAUGCACAGUCAAGUGUUCGACAAAUGCUCCCAACUUAUCCAAUUUAUUCAAAGUAUGCAAGUUCCUGUGAUAGCCGAGGUCAGUGGUGUUGCUGCUGCGGCCGGUUGUCAACUCGUAGCAAGCUGUGACAUAGUUGUUGCCGCUAAGUCCUCUAAGUUUCUCGUCCCAGGGCAGAAAGUCGGGAUUUUCUGCUCAACACCUGGAGUCGCCUUGAGUCGCGCUGUACCCAGCAAGGUAGCUUUGGAUAUGCUGAUGACUGGUCGUAGUCUCACAUCAGACGAAGCUCAAGCUUUUGGCUUGGUAUCGAGAGUUGUUCCAGAUGAGGAAGUCCGGUUGGAAGCACUCAAAGUUGCAGAACAGAUUGGGGAAUACAGUCGUUCCGUUACGAAUUUAGGAAAGUCAUUCUUCUACAUGCAGUCGCAACUCAACACUGCUGAAGCAUAUAGAUAUGGAGGUAAAGUAAUGGUGGCCAAUCUGAAGCUUCAAGAUGCUCAAGAAGGUAUAUCUGCAUUCAUCGACAAAAGAACACCAGAAUAUAUCCAUACUAAUGAACCAGUCCAACAAUAA